AUGGAGAAUGGGAAUCUUCUUCAUGCUUCUUUGGAUGCUUCUCGGAACAAGGAAACUCGCGGAGGAUGGCGAGCCGUGAGAUUCAUCCUUGGAAAUGAAACGUUUGAGAAACUUGCAUCGAUGAGUUUGAUAGGUAAUUUGGUACUGUAUUUGCACACAAUGUAUAAUUUGGACAAUGUGGCUUCGGCUUAUGUGUUUCAAAUCUGGGGUGGUACCACCAAUUUUGCUCCUCUUGCUGGGGCUUUCCUUGCCGAUGCUUAUUUGGGAAGGUUUUACACUCUCCUCUUUGGCUCGGUCGCCUCUCUUUUGGGGAUGGGAGUGCUGACCUUAGGUGCUGGGUUGCCUCAAAUGAGACCCCCACCCUGCAUCAGUGGUGAAUCCAACUGCCCGCAGCCUCUCCCAUGGCAACUCGGCUUCCUCUACCUCGGCCUUGGGCUCAUCGUCAUCGGAGCCGGUGGUAUACGACCUUGCAACAUCUCCUUCGGUGCUGACCAAUUUGACACCAACACCGAAAAGGGCAGAGCCAAACUCGAAAGCUUCUUAAACUGGUGGUACUUCCUCUUCUCCAUCUCCCUCGUCAUAGCUCUAACCAUCGUCGUAUAUGUCCAAACCAACAUUAGUUGGACUCUUGGCUUCGGCAUUCCAACCGCCUGCUUUGUCUUCUCCAUCUUCAUCUUCCUCUUGGGCCAUCGUUAUUACAUCUGCAAAGCACCUCAAGGAAGUGUCUUUGCAGACAUGGCAAAAGUCGUCGUGGCAACAUGUCGAAAAUGGCAAAUCCCAAAAACAACUCAAUUUGAUCAAUUACAUAACCCUCCAAUGAAUUCUAGUAAGUUAGCACACACGAACAGGUUUUUGAUAUUCGACAAAGCGGCGACAGUGGUUGAUUCGUCUGUGGAAUUAGAUGAAGAAGGGAAAUCAAAGAAUGAAUGGAGAUUAUGUAGUGUUCAUCAAGUUGAGCAAUUUAAAUGUGUUGUUGGAAUAUUCCCUGUUUGGUUAGCUGGAAUUCCAUGCUUUAUGUCAAUGCAACAAAUGAGUUCAUUUGGGAUUUUACAAGCCAUUCAAAUGAACAGAUCUAUAGGACCUCAUUUCCAAAUCCCACCAGCUUGGAUGAGUUUAACUCCCAUGAUUGCUCUGUCAAUUUGGAUCUACAUUUACGAGAAAUACGUCGAACAUAUGAAGAAAAAAACUCAAAGCAACAAACGUUUCUCCAUGAAAACAAGGAUCGAAAUCGGGAUCGUGAUGUCGGUUUUAUGUAUGGUGGUGGCGGGAGUUCUGGAGAAGUUUCGGCGGGACGCAGCGGUAGAAAAUAAGUCAUUUAUUUCACCGUUACAUGUUUGGGUGCUAAUACCUGAGUUUGCUCUGUCGGGAUUGACAGAGGCUUUUGGGGCGAUUGCGGUUAUGGAGUUAUUGACGACGCACUUGCCGGAGAGCUUGAGGACGGUAGCCGGAGCGAUAUUUUUCUUCAGUUUGUCAUUGGCGAGCUACCUGAGCUCUGUUUUGACGGGGAUAGUGAGAGGAGUAGAAAGAGAAUGGCUUGGAGGAAAUGAUUUGAAUAAAAAUAGGCUUGAUUACUUCUUCUCUGUAGUUGGUGUAAUUGCAGCUUUGAAUUUCUUCUAUUUUAGAUUCUUUGCUGUUGCUUUUUUACCAAAACCUGAUGUUGAUCCAAGCCAUAAGGCACAUCAAAUGCAGUUAGAGGAUGCAGAAUUGGGUCGUAGAUAAUACAUGGUAUAGUUGCAAAUUUACUCAUUAGAUUCAAAAUAAUUA